AUGCCGCCGGGCCGGGGGGGUCCCCUGCUUUGCGGGGUGGGCGGGAGGCGAUGGAUAACGUUGACUUUGGGCCGUGGUGGAGUUGAGCGGAGCUGCUGGGCAGUGUGCCGUGAACGCUUCGAAGUACCCCGCAGCAGAGAUCGGGGGGAGUGGAGCGGUCAGCGCCGUCCCCCUCCCGCAGCCACGAGCAGCACGGACUCGGCACGGGGGAGCUCGGGCAGCGCGGAGCGGAGCGCGUCGGCCAAGGGUGGCACCGGGCUGCGGGGCGCCCCGCGCCGCGUUCCCAGCGCAGUGCCGCACUGUGCGCGGCUGUGCUUUACGUACAGCGCUGGGCACCCCGCGGCCUGGGGCGCGGCGGCGGCGGCCGCCCACCUGCCCGCCAUGGCCGGCGGGCAGCAGCAGCAGCAGUCGCUCCUCUACUCGCAGCCCGGGGGCUUCACGGUGAACGGCAUGCUGAGCCCCGCGGGCGGCGGGCAGAGCCUGGUGCACCCCGGGCUGGUGCGCGGCGGCGAGACGGCGGAGCUGGGCGAGCACCCCGGGCACCACCACCACCACCACCACCCGCACCCCGGGCACCACGCGCCGCACCACGGCGCCGUCAACAGCCACGAGGCGCACUCGGACGAGGACACGCCGACCUCGGACGACCUGGAGCAGUUCGCCAAGCAGUUCAAGCAGCGGCGGAUUAAGCUGGGCUUCACGCAGGCCGACGUGGGGCUGGCGCUGGGCACCCUGUACGGCAACGUCUUCUCGCAGACCACCAUCUGCCGCUUCGAGGCCCUGCAGCUCAGCUUCAAGAACAUGUGCAAGCUGAAGCCUUUGUUGAACAAGUGGCUGGAGGAAGCCGACUCCUCCACCGGCAGCCCCACCAGCAUCGACAAGAUCGCGGCGCAGGGCAGGAAGAGGAAGAAGCGGACCUCCAUCGAGGUGAGUGUCAAGGGGGCCUUGGAGAGCCACUUUCUGAAAUGCCCCAAGCCCUCCGCCCAGGAGAUUACGAACCUAGCGGACAGCCUGCAGCUGGAGAAGGAGGUGGUCAGGGUUUGGUUUUGCAAUCGGAGGCAGAAAGAGAAACGCAUGACCCCGCCGGGGAUCCAGCAGCAGACCCCCGACGAUGUCUACUCGCAGGUCGGCGCCGUCAGCUCCGACACGCCGCCCCCUCACCACGGACUGCAGAGCGGCGUGCAGUGAGCGGGGCUCCGCGGGGCCGGGCCGGGC